AUGAAGUUCUUUACUACCUUAACAUUCUUCGCUCUUGUGGGGCUUGCCACGGCCGUGAGCGACAGCGACUAUGCAGCCAUCAAGAAGGCGCUGGCCAGCGAAAUGAGCAACCACCAUACGUUCACGACCCCCGAGCUGUACCAUGACUUGGCAGCAGCCCUGGGGCUGACGGACGCCUGCGCAGUGCUGUACAAUGGCUCGCCGAAUCUGCUGCUUGGGUACCAGAAAGUGUACGAGCGCCUGAGCGCACUCGCCAAUGACCCGACGAACACGGCCGAGCAGACAAAGACUAUCGGAGAUUUGCGCGAUUUCACGCACAACGUAGUUUUGACUGACCCGAACCACCUCUAA